CCGGCCCUCCGUCCUCCCGCCCCGUCCCACUGCGCCCAUCACGUUUUGAAACCUCAUUAUCACGAUGCAUCGCGGAAUAAACACUACCCCUUCUGGCCCACCCUUGACCGAGGGACAGAAGGAAACUUUGAAGCAGUUCUUGGAAGUUGCAGCCACGAGAUCAAGCACUGCUGUGGAGUAUUUGAGGAAGACAAAAUUUGACCUAGGACGAGCAAUCAAUAUGUACUACAUGGAUGAAAACAAAGGCAACAAGGCUCUGGUAGCCCCCUUGACCAAGGUUUUCGAGAGCUACCGAGAUCCCGACACGGAUGAGGACGACCAAUUCGGAAUCGAUGGCGCAAUGAAAUACUUCCAGGAUCUAGAGGUUGCACUUGACGAGAUUGUCGUUCUUGGCGUUGCAGAGCUAUGCCAGUGCCCAGCCAUGGGCGAGUUCACCAAGGAAGGAUUUUUGAAUGGCUGGAAACUCGUUGGCUGCUCCACCAUUUCACAAAUGAGGAAGCACAUCCAGACCCUUCGCAAAGAAAUCCCCGAACAGCCCACCGUUUUCCGCCGUGUCUACCGAUACUCCUUCCUCCUCUCCCGACUACAAGGCCAACGUGGCGUACAAUUCGAAAUCGCGGCCGAGCAAUGGCGUCUGUUUUUCGACGAGGCAUCUGGCGGUAUCAAGGGAAACACAGAGACCUCACCAUGGCUGGACUGGUGGCUUGAGUACAUGGAGAAACGGGGUACAAAGGUCAUCAGUAAGGAUCUAUGGGAGCAGCUUGAAGUGUUCUUGCGGAAGGCUCUUGAAGAUGAGAACCUUGACUUCUGGGAUGCUGAUGCGGCGUGGCCUGGUCUUAUUGAUGAAUUUGUGGAUUUUGUCAAGGAGAAGAGAGGAGGUACCCUCAAAGUUGUGUAG